AUGUUCACCUCAGUGAAGGCCUACGACGGGCAGCAGUACUCCACCCUGAAGAGGCAGUGUUUGCAGAGCGGCCUCCUCUUUGAAGACCCCCGAUUCCCGGCCAUCGACGACUCUCUGUUUUACCAGGGCAACAGGAUCGGACGUGUGGUCUGGAAGAGGCCUCGGGAGCUGUGUGAGGACCCUCACCUGUUUGUGGAUGGCAUCAGUGCACACGAUUUACAUCAGGGACAGCUGGGUAACUGCUGGUUUGUGGCGGCAUGCUCCAGUCUGGCCUCCAGAGAGUCUCUAUGGCAAAAAGUCAUUCCCGACUGGAAGGAGCAGGAGUGGGAUACAGAGAAGCCAGAAUCGUAUGCCGGGAUUUUCCACUUCCGCUUCUGGCGCUUUGGUGAGUGGGUGGAUGUGGUGAUUGACGACCGGCUACCGACAGUGGACAACCAGCUGGUCUACUGCCACUCCAACGACAGCAACGAGUUCUGGAGCGCCAUGGUGGAGAAGGCCUACGCCAAGGUUUAUGGCUGCUACGAGGCUUUGGACGGAGGAAACACGGCCGACGCGCUGGUGGAUUUCACGGGUGGUGUUUCGGAGCCCGUGGACCUGCUGGAGGGUCAGAUGGCGACAGAUGAGGUGGCCCGAAACCAGCUGUUUGAAAGAGUUCUCAAAGUCCACAACAGAGACGGUCUCAUCAGCUGUUCCAUCAGGGCGACCACGAUAGAGGACAUGGAGGCACGGCUGGACUGUGGCCUGGUCAAAGGUCACGCCUACGCAGUGACGGAUGUACGGAAAGUGAGGCUAGGUCACGGACUGCUGGCCUUUUUCAAAUCCGAAAAGCUGCAAAUGAUCCGCAUGAGGAACCCCUGGGGAGAAAAGGAGUGGAGCGGCCCCUGGAGCGACAGUUCGGAGGAGUGGAACAAGGUGAGCAAGAGCGAGAGAGAGAAGCUCGGCGUCACCGUGCAGGACGACGGCGAGUUCUGGAUGACGUUCGAUGACUUCUGCCAGUACUUCACUGACCUUAUCCUGUGCCGCCUCAUCAACACCUCCUACCUGAGCAUCCACAAAACCUGGGAGGAGGAGGUGAUGAGGGGCUCCUGGGUCCACCGACAAGACCCCCUCCGCAACCGGUCAGGAGGCUGCAUCAAUCACAAGGCCACCUUCCUGCAGAACCCUCAGUAUGUGUUUGAUGUGAAGAAGAUUGAGGACGAGGUGCUGAUCUGCUUACAGCAGAAGGAGAAGAGAGCCACACCCAAAGAGGGCAAAGGGGAAAACCUCGCCAUAGGCUUUGAUAUUCACCGGGUGGAGCUAAAUCGUAAGUACCGUAUGCACUCAGCCCAGCAGAAAGUAGCGGGCUCCAUCUACAUCAACUCGCGCUGCGUCUUCCUCAGGAAGGAGCUGAAGGAGGGUCGCUACGUCAUCAUUCCCACAACCUUUGACCCCGGGCAGCAGGGCGACUUCCUGCUCCGCGUCUUCACUGAUGUGCCUUCAGACUGCAAAGAGCUGACUCUGGACGAUCCUCCUCAGACAUGUUGGACGGGGAUGUGUGGCUACCCUCAGCUGGUCACUCAGGUCCAUGUAAUGAACGCUGAGGGCCUGCAGGGACAGGAGUCCAAUGGAGAUCCGUACGUGAUCAUCACCUGUGAAGGAGAGCGGGUUCGUUCACCGGUUCAUAAGGACACACGGUGCCCAAACUUCGACAUCAAAGGCCUGUUCUACCGCAAGAAACCCAAGGAGGGCAUCCACGUCGAGAUCUACAACAAGAACAUGAUCGUGGACACCUUCCUGGGUCAGGUGAUCCUGUUCAGCGACCCCAACGAGCGGCAGGAGCAGCACACGCUUCACCUCCGUGACAAGGGCAGCCGCCAGGACAACGACCUUCCGGGCACGCUCACUGUGCGCCUCAUCACCGCGACCACGCUCACCAACAUCUGA